AUGAUGAAGAUCUGGGGCCACCCUCCAUGCCAUGGCUUUGGAAAUGAUCUUGACGGCCCCAUGCUCAAGCACACCCAAGCGAGCAGAGCAGAGCAUUUGGUAUUUGAAUCGGGAGGAACUACGUUGCUGGACAAGGAGGAGGAGAGGAGCAGGGUCCUGGUAAUUGGUGGCACAGGUCACAUCGGCAAGCAUAUCGUUGCUGCGAGUGUCCGCCGCGGCCACCCGACCUCUGUCCUCAUCAGGGAUGCUGCACCGGCUGAUCUGGCCAAGGCGCAGCUCCUCAAGAGCUUCAUUGAUUCCGGUGUCGCUCUCAUCAAGGGAGGUUUAUUUGACCACGGGAGCCUCGUAAAUGCCAUCAAGGGUGCAGAUGUUGUGAUCUCGGCCGUGGGGACCCCUCAGCUCGACGAGCAGACGAGGAUUGUCAUGGCCAUCAAGGAGGCCGGCAAUGUCAUCAGGGUCAGUGAGAUAGAUUAUCAUUUUGUCUUCUUUGUUGAUCAAACGAUGGAUGCAAAUCAAAUCCCAGAGGCGGAUCUCCUCAAGUUGAUCAAGGAGGCGGCAUACCAUCUCAACAUGAUGCUGUCCCACUCGCUCUCCGUCUUCGUGAGGGGCGACCAAGCCAACUUCGACAUCGAGGCGUCCUUUGGUGUCGAGGCCACCGAGCUGUACCCUGACGUGAAGUACACCACCGUCGACGAGUACCUGGACCGCCUCCUCUGACAGUUCUUGGCUGGAUGGAAUGACAAGAGCUGACGUCCACAAUAAAGAUGAUGCAGCAGUGGCCUCUCCAAAUCCAAUGAUGCAUGUGUGUGGUCUUGUGUGCAA